GGCGACGGCGGCUCGGCCGUGCCUGCGCUGCCGGCUGUGGCGAGCGGCGCCGGGUAAAUGGAUCGCCAUUCCAGCUACAUCUUCAUCUGGCUGCAACUGGAGCUGUGCGCCAUGGCCGUCCUGCUCACCAAAGGUGAAAUCAGAUGCUACUGUGAUGCUGCCACACUGUGUUGCAACCGGCUAAUGUGCAAAUCUGAGCUUAGUGCCUGCUUCUCCCGACUGCUUGAUCCUCAGAAUACACAUUCCCCCCUUACUCAUGGCUGCUUGGACUCUAUUGCAAGCACAGCUGAGAUCUGCCAAGCAAACAGCACAAAUCACUCUGGCACCACCACCAUGUCCACGUUGGAAUGCUGUCAUGAAGAUAUGUGCAAUUACAGAGGACUGCAUGAUGUUUUGUCUCUCCAGGGAGAUGCUUCAGGACAAGGGAGCAGAUAUCAACAUGACAGCAGCAGGAAUCUCAUCACCAAGGUGCAAGAAUUGACUUCUUCAAAAGAGUUAUGGUUCAGGGCAGCUGUAAUUGCUGUUCCCAUAGCUGGUGGGCUAAUCUUGGUGCUCCUUAUCAUGCUGGCCUUGAGGAUGCUCAGGAGUGAAAACAAGAGACUGCAAGAUCAGCGACAGCAAAUGCUCUCUCUGCACUACAGUUUUCAUGGACAUCAUUCGAAAAAGGGCAGGUGGCAAAAUUGGACUUGGAAUGCAUGGUUGCCUGUGACUGGUCAUGAGAACUGCUGCAUGACCUGUGAUAAAAUGAGACAUUCAGACCUCAGCAAUGAUAAAAUUCUUUCACUAGUCCACUGGGGAAUGUACAGCGGACAUGGGAAGCUGGAAUUUGUAUGACCAAUUAUUUUUUAAUCUGAGCUAAACUACUCUCUGAACUCUUGAAGGCCUUUGGGUUCUGCUUGGACAGGAGCACUUUAUCUUAAAACAAAAACUCUCAUAAAUCAUCUUUGAGAAACAAAGGACCUCUGCAAACAGAAUCUUGGAUAUUUCUUCUGAAGGAUUCCAAAGUUGUCUUAUUUGCACAGAGUAAAAUACACUCAAAUGUAUUGUUUGCUUCAGAGUUGUGAAAGCAAAAGUUAGAAGUUGUAAACACUGUCACCAGGGUUAUCUGAACUGUAGGGAGCUGAGAACUGAGUUAUUAUAAUAAACUGUAUGCAAGCUCCUAUGUUUCCUGACUUAUUGUAAAGAUUUUUUAAAAUAUAUAUAUUUUCUCUGAAA